AUGGGAAAAGUAAGUGUAAUUGAGGAAGCUAAAAAAGUGAGGUUAGAAAGGGUGGCAAAGGAAAUUAGUUAUAAAACAAUAGGAAAAGAGGGUAUGAAUGUGAUGAAAAGACGGGGGAGACCACCUAAAGCUGAAAAAGAAAAAAAGAUGAAUGCAUCAAUGGACGACUACCUGGCAGGUAAAAAAAGUGAAGGGGAAAAGGUAAAUGAAGAAGAAUGGGAGAGUGACGAAGAGAGAAGCAGUGAUGAGAGUGAUGGAACGAAAAAAAGAGAGGAGGAAGCAUUUGAAAAGAGAAGCAAGAUAAAAAGAACACCGGACCUGAAACAGAGGGCAGCAAGGCCCAUUUUCGAGAGAACAAGAGGAGGAAAGAAUAAAGAUAUGGCGGAAGGAGAAGUUAAUGAGAAGUCCGACAGAUGGGAGGAGUAUGACAAAAAAGACAUACUGGCCGCAGUGUUAGAAAGAGUUGAAGAGUUGAUGAAAGCAAAGUGGGAGGAAAUGAUAAGAAUAGUAAGAGAAAAAAGUGAAAAGAUAAGCAAAGAUGCAAAAGAAGAAAUAUGGAAGCAACUGGAACAAGAAAUGAUGACAAGAAUGGAAGAAGAAAUGAGGAGAAAUAAAAAUGAAGUGGUAAGGGAACUGAGAGAUAAAAUAAUAUACAGAAGGGAGGAGUAUGCGAACAAAGAAACAUACAAAAACAAGUACAAAUAUGUGAAAAACAAUUACAAUCAAGGUAACGUUUUCCACAAUAGUAAUAAAAAUAAAAAUAGAACAGAAGAGAUAAUAACGGAAAAGAUAAAUAUGAGAACAGAAACUAACAGAGAAAAUACGGAUGAGAAUAAUAAUGAAAUAGAAAUUGUAAGUGAAGGGGGUGAAAAAGAAAAUGAGAGGGAGACAAGUGAGGGAACAGGAGGAGAAGAAACAAAAGAAACAGAAGAAAAUACACAAAUAGAAAAUACAGAAUCAGAAACAACACAGCAAAGUAAUAACAAGGCGACAAUAAAUUUUGGGCCUCAACCAAUGACAGAAGAAGAGUGGAAAAAUGAAAAAGAUAAGAGGAAAAAGAAAGAGAGUAAUGUGAAGAUGUAUGGAGACAUACCAAUGAGCUGGAUGAAUAGAUUUGAGCUGACGAAAGGGAUAGAAAGUAUUAUUCAAGAGAAAAUAUACAUCAAGGGUGGGACAAGAAAAAAUAAUGCACUAAUAAUUAAUUGUGGGUCAUGGAGAGAGGCGAAAAAAAUACUAGAUAAAAAGAAAGAUAUGGAAGAGCUAGGAUUUAAGGUAGACUAUGAUAUGACAGAAAGAGAAAAACAAGUGCAGUGGUGGCUUGCAGAAGUGGCAAAAGAAGGAAGAAAAGAAGGGAUAAGAAUGAGAGAGAGAUAUCAGGGAAUGGAGACAGAUGAUGAUAUCAUGAUGUGGAAUGAAAUGGAAGGAAGGCUUGAGUUUUUUCGUAAGAAAACAAGACGAGGUGAUAGAGAAGCGAGUAGAAAGCAAUAA